AUGGCCCUACCCUUCUGGCCUCUCGUUGGGGUGUUGGUUGUAGUGCUCUAUCUACUCCAACGACCACCGGCUUCCAGUCUGAGGCAUAUCCCAACUGUCAAGCACAAGGCAUAUCUACCAGAUUUCAUCAAUCGACUGAUCUACUACCCCAAAGCUGCCUCAAUGAUCAGUGAAGGAUAUGAAAAGUACAAGGAUAGUCCCUUCCGCCUGCUCACCGGCGAUGGAGAAGUCAUCAUCCUGCCAGUGAAAUAUCAGGAAGAACUGAGACAUCUUCCUCCUUCAAAACUCAGUUCUCUACAUGCCCAAUAUGAAAAUGCGUUGGGCCAGUAUACCAACAUCAUCAUCGACACUCUUUUUCCCCAUUUUCGACCCCACAAAAGACCGGAGAAAUUAAUAUAUAUCUAUCAAAUAGGCCGAGUUGUACCGGGAAUCAUCGACGAGCUACGAGCAGCAUUCGACACUGCUCUCCCAGGAUGCGAAGGCGUACUGAACACAGACACCUGGAUUCGAAUCAACCCAUGCGAGAUGUUCACCCGGCUAAUUGCCCUCUCGACAUCCCGCAUGAUGGCCGGCGAUGUCCUCCGCGAGAACCAAGAAUGGCUCAACGUCGCAAGCAACUACGCUGUGAACGUGGGAAUCACCAUUCUCCUCCUCCGUCCAGUGCCCAAAUACCUCCGUCCCAUCGUAGCACCCUUCCUCCCCAGCGUCCGGAUGAUGAAGAAACAGCUGCGUUUCGCGAAAGACCUCUUUAUUCCGAUGAUCCAUGAGCGCAGGCUGGCGGAGCAGGCUAAAGAUCCUAACUAUACCAAGCCAGAUGAUUUCUUGCAGUGGAUGAUGGAUUUGGGCGGCGAAAGAGAUGAGGACCUCGAACCGGAGACUCUGGCGCAUCACAUGCUGCUCUUGGUGACACUGGCUGUUACGCACACAAGCACGAUGGCCCUGUGUCACUGUCUCUUUGAUUUGGUUACUAAACCCGAGUACAUUGAGCCCCUGCGGGAAGAAAUGAGCCGGACUCUGCCUGAUGGUUGGUAUAAUGCGACUCAGGCGGCGCUUAAGGAGCAGUCCCGUCUUGACAGCUUCUUGCGCGAGUCUCAGCGCUUCGCUCCGCCUGGUGAAUUGAACUUCCACCGCAUCGUCAAAGAACCCAUUACACUCCACGAUGGCCUCGUUCUUCCCGUAGAAACACACAUCUGUUUCGCUGCCGGUCCGAUUAGCAAAGACUCUGCCUACAUUAAAGACCCAAAAACUUUCGAUGGCUUUCGCUGGUGUCAUAACCCUCGGGACCGCUUUGUCUUGACCCCUAAGCUAGCCAAACCCAACUCUAUGCCGAAUGGUGCUGACGAGGAGAUGCAAGCUGAGAAGCACGCAUCUUCCGCCUAUUUCGUUUCUAUCACAAAUACUAACAUGCAUUUCGGGUUCGGGAUCCAGGCUUGUCCCGGCCGGUUUUUCGCGGCGAAUACUUUGAAGGCGAUCUUGAGUCGCAUCAUCCUUGACUAUGAGUUUAAGUUUGUUAAGGACCUGAAGGGGAAAAGACCCAGUAAUCUUGUAGUUGGGGAGCAUAUUCUUCCGAACAUGAGUACUGAGAUGCUGUUUCGGAAAAGGCCUAUUGGAGUUUGA